GCCGCCUUCGACGAGGAACGUAGUACAAUGUCGGCACCGACAGACGCGAUUAUUCCUCUCGUGCCCUACAUCAAGAGGAAUUCAGCGUUUAAAUACAAUAUCAACGUCUCGUUUGUUUCGAUAGACGAGACUGUCGGCAUUCGCUUGUCCGAUGAAGCAGGUGCCAACUACGGAGGAUUGGCAAACGGUGAUUGCCUUAUAUUCGAUGCCGCUCAAAAUGUGCCACAAAAGGUAUCUUUUCGAAUGGAGUGGCUGGGCUAUAACAGAAUGUACCAUCAGCAGAUCAACGUGCGAACUUCUAGCAAUGUUUCGACCGCCAUAACGGUGAGAAAGCUGGCGCAAGUUGUUGCAUUCCAGUUUGAGCAGAUGAAGAAGGGAUGCAUUGCUAGUGGCCACGGCUGCAGCAUCCCGAAAUGGGCAUUCUUCCCGUAUGGACCCAUUCAGAACGACAACGUCAUUUUGGCGGGGAUCAAGCAGGUCUCCCAGGGCACAGUUGAGCCGAUAUUCUAUUAUCGGCGCGCAUGAGUGAUUUGCUGGAAGUUGGACGAGGAUCGGAAACAUGGAGGAGUUUCAUUUUGACGGUUCAUAACGUUCGACGUCUGUUACGAUACGGCCGGCCUGGAGCUUGCGCCCGCCUCUUUUCAAUUCGACACGACUAGCACGAACCAUCCUUAUUGAUUACGCACUUUGAUGUACCUGGCCAUUCGACAAGACCGACUCGCCAUCCUAAAAGCGGGAAGAACGGAAUAGGCGCAACCACACCCACUUUGGAUAGUUCAGAUAUUUUUGUAUUCACUUGUAGCACAUUUUUCAAUCAGCAAAACGAG